AUGGUGAUGGUGGAGAUGCAGCGUGAUCGGAGAUUGUGGGCGAGGUGGAGUUGGACCGAAGGUGGAGGAAGAGAAGAUGAGGAGGCUUUUGCCGGAGUGAAAGAUAAAAGAGGGGGAAUUGGAGAGCUUGAGCCGGAUGAACGUGAGUGGCCAUUGUUGAAAGCCCAUUUGCUUGCUUACAAUAGAGAGAUUGAAUUGGCGAGAAGGGGGUUUAAUGAGCUGCUGAAAAUUGAUCCUUUUCGUGUGGAGGCAUAUCAUGGUCUGGCGACAGCAGCUUCUCAAGAGGAGUCAAGUGAGGAAUUGGAGAAAAUUGAGAAGAAGGUGGAGGAAGCGAUGAAAUUAUGUAAAAAGGAGAAUAGGAAAAGUGAUUUAAGGGAUUUCAAGCUCUUAUUUGCUCAGAUCCGUGUGAUCGAGGGAAAUUACGAUGAGGCAUUGAAGGUAUAUGAGGAGUUGGUGAGAGAAGAGCCAAGGGAUUUCAGACCAAUAUGA